UAUUUGCUGACUUUGCCAUCCUGAAAGAAGAUGGGAAAGGGCUACAAAGUAGUGAUUUGUGGAAUGGCAUCAGUGGGAAAAACAGCAAUUUUGGAGCAGCUUCUCUAUGGAAAACAUACUGUUGGUUUAGAAGAGGGUGCAACAGUGGAAGAUGUGUAUUUGGCUUCAGUCGAAACAGAUCGUGGGGUAAAGGAACAGUUACGUCUCUAUGACACUACAGGUCUGCAAGAGGGAGUAGAGUUUCCAAAGCAUUACUUCUCUGUUGCUGAUGGUUUUGUUCUUGUGUAUGCUGUGAACAGCCUUGAAUCCUUCCAGAGAGCAGAAGUGAUCAAAAAAGAGAUUGACACAGUCAGAGACAAAAAAGAGGUGACAGUUGUCGUCUUAGGAAACAAAACUGACCUCACAGAGCAAAGACAAGUGGAAACAGAAAAAGCACAGCAAUGGGCAAAGGCUGAGAAGGUGAGACUGUGGGAGGUGACAGUGACAGAUCGGAAAACGCUCAUUGAACCUUUCACUUCGUUAGCCAGCAAGCUUUCCCAGUCCCAGAACAAGUCAGCAUUUCCCUUGCCUGGGAGGAAGAGCAAAGGCAAUAACUGUGAUAACUAAAAACCCCUAUUCCAUGGGAAGCUGUUUAUCUGCUGCUGCAAGGGCAUGGUGUCUCUUUUUCUCUGCCAAUUGCUUGGCAUGUUUUUGCUGAGGCAACACUGAAUUCAGAAUUAAAAGCAGCAAAGUCGUAAAUGUAGCUGUCCUUC